AUGCUGCUUUGCUGUUCAGGCAAAUAUGUUCUUGCUGGGCCUGGGGUCCUGUCGGAGCUGAAAACGAGGGCCCAGCACUACCGCGAGCGCUUGUCCGUGUACGAGGCCCCCAUCCCCGCGGACGACAGGUUCGACCGUAGGGCGAGGGCGAGGGACUGGUUGCGCUCUAGCAGCGCUCGACGGCGGAGCGGCGGCGUUGGCCUCGGCAGCGGUGCGCCAGGCAGGGAGGAGAGAGAUCGGGAGGAGCGGGGGGCCGAGGCGGCGCAGGCGGCGGUGGCGCGCGCUACCUGGGUGUUGGACGACCAAGAACCCGCCAGAGAUACGUCCGUCGCAAGCCAGGGCGGCUCGGUCAAGGGAGGUGCGAGCGUGGACGGGGCGGACGCUCCUGCUCUUGAGGAGGAGGAGGGUGGCGGCGGGGGCGGCGCUUCUUCCACUCCCUCGAAACGACCACCUGCCACGCCUAGUUCUUGCGAUGGAUGCGGGGAGGAAGGCGGCGAAACUUCCCCUGUUGGAGCGGCUCGGCAGUUCACACCACCGCCAUCUACGCCGUCCAACAAGUCCGUGGGUGACGCCGGCGGAGGCGCGGGAAGCGAGGGGGGGAAGAUUGGGGAGGAGUGUGCAGAUGGUUCCAGAAGCGUCGGGACGACUUCCCCCGGCGACAGCAGGCCAUCACCUUCCGUGGGCGAUGAUCAGUUAACACGCGAUGGUGGUAGCGGUGGCGGCGACGUCUCUCAAUCGGAACGGCAAGCAUCCGGGGCAGGGGCGGCGGGAGAGGGGGUGGCGGCGGCGGCGGCGGCGGCGGCAGAGCCGAAGCAUCCAAACGUGGACCAGAAGGAGCUAUUCUUGCCGAACCUGGUGAUGGAGUUCGGCGAGGAUUCUCCGGCGUUUCGGAGAAAGGUCGAGACUCUCGAUAGCAACGUGGAAGGUCUUCGCGGCCAGCUGCAGCAGCUCGUGGCCGUCGCGCGCAAGUACUGCGGCAACGGCUUGGCCUUCUGCGAGCACGGCCGGGAGCUGGCGGGCGUUCUGAUGAACCCACGGGGGGAGAGCUGGUUCACGCGGCUCGGGGCCCUGGCACCAGCUCUGGAGGAGCUUGGCCGCGUCCUAGGGGACAUCCAGGGCUUCCAGGAGGACAUCCUCCUAAGGCCGCUGGAGAACGCCUUCUACCCCAUGGAGGACUUUGUCAAGGGGGAGGUCAAGACGAUUCGGAAGGUACGUAUACUUGUCUACUACCGGUAG